UUUCUAGAUUUGGAUACAAUUGAUGUCAGUAAUUUAAACAGACAGUUUCUGUUUCAAAAAAAACAUAUAGGAACAAAAGCCAGCAUAGCAUGUGAAACAGGAUUGACAUUUAAUCCAGAUGUCAAAGUGAUAUACUAUCACGAUAGUAUCAUAUCAUCAGAAUUUGGCCCAUCUUUUUUCAAAAGGUUUACCGUUUUGAAUGCUCUUGACAAUAGAGCAGUUAGAAAUCAUGUGAAUCGUAUGUGCCUAAUAGCAGAUAUAUUAAUUGAAUCUGGUACUGCAGGUUAUGAAGAUCAGGUUGAACUCAUUAAAAAGGUAAAUCAAUGUUAUGAAUGUACACCUAAAGCUGUACAAAAGACUUAUCCUGGCUGUACCAUUCGCAAUACACCCAGCGAACCCAUUCACUGUAUAGUAUGGGCUAAUCAUCUCUUUAACCAAUUAUUUGAAGGAGAAGAUCCUGAUCAGAAUGUUUCUCCAGAUACAGCAGAUUUAGAAGCAACUGGUAAUAUAAAUCGUUAUAUUGUGACAUUCAAUAUAAUUUAUAAGUAUAUACAUAAU